UGCGGUAGAGAUGUUCGCGAGUGUCUGAGACCUGGUGACACGUUCUGUCUUUAGCCAUUGACCUGCCGGACGAGUAAUGAUUGUGUUAAAAAAAAAAAAGUAAACAAACAGGGCUUUUCCUCCGGCUUUAGGAUUUGAUUACUUUUGUCUCGUGCGGGCCACCGUGGCGCCUCUGACUUGCGUGCCAGUCUGUGCGCGUCGCGGUGCAUCGUGGGUAGGAGCGAGACUCGUUCUCACCGCUGCGGAAGAUGGCGGACGCCUUCGGGGAUGAUCUCUUCAGCGUGUUCGAGGACGACUCAGCGGGACCCAAGAAAGACAAAGAGAAGGGCAAAUGGAAGGGAGCGCCAGGGUCGGCUGACAAGGCUGGGAAACAUUUUGAUGCCAAAUUACAGUCUGAGUCUGCCAGCAGUGGAAAAAAGAGAGAUGCAGACUUCGAAGGCACAGAUGAGCCCCUUUUCGGCAAGAAGCUCAAGAUAGAAGACUCCGUCGCUGAAGAGUUAAGUUUGGCAGACCUGAUGCCUAGAGUCAAGGUGCAGUCCGUUGAAACUGUUGAAGGCUGUACACAUGAGGUUGCACUUCCUGCGGAUGAGAAUUAUGUACCACUUAGACCUCGAGUUGGAAAGGCAGCAAAGGAAUACCCAUUCAUUCUUGAUGCUUUCCAAAGAGAAGCCAUUCAGUGCGUUGAUAACAACCAGUCCGUGUUAGUGUCUGCACACACGUCAGCAGGGAAAACUGUGUGUGCUGAGUAUGCUAUUGCUUUGGCUUUAAGGGAAAAACAACGUGUAAUCUUUACUAGCCCAAUUAAGGCCCUAAGUAACCAGAAAUACCGUGAAAUGUAUGAAGAAUUUCAAGAUGUUGGUCUGAUGACUGGAGAUGUUACUAUUAAUCCCACAGCAUCUUGUCUAGUUAUGACUACAGAGAUUUUGAGAAGUAUGCUGUACAGAGGUUCUGAAGUUAUGCGAGAAGUUGCUUGGGUCAUAUUUGAUGAAAUUCAUUACAUGAGAGAUUCAGAGCGUGGUGUAGUGUGGGAAGAAACUAUUAUUCUGCUUCCUGAUAACGUCCACUACGUCUUUCUUUCUGCCACUAUUCCCAAUGCCCGGCAGUUUGCUGAAUGGAUUUGUCAUUUACACAAACAGCCUUGUCAUGUGAUCUACACAGAUUAUCGGCCUACUCCAUUGCAACACUACAUUUUUCCAGCAGGGGGAGAUGGGCUUCACCUUGUGGUUGAUGAAAAUGGUGACUUCAGAGAAGAUAAUUUUAAUACUGCAAUGCAAGUGCUUCGCGAUGCAGGUGAUUUGGCAAAAGGAGAUCAAAAGGGGCGGAAAGGAGGAACAAAAGGACCAUCAAAUGUGUUCAAGAUUGUGAAGAUGAUUAUGGAAAGAAAUUUUCAGCCUGUAAUUAUUUUCAGUUUUAGUAAGAAAGAUUGUGAAGCAUAUGCUCUUCAAAUGACGAAACUGGAUUUCAACACAGAUGAAGAAAAAAAGAUGGUAGAAGAAGUGUUCAGUAAUGCAAUUGACUGCUUGUCUGAUGAGGACAGAAAGCUCCCUCAGGUUGAACAUGUCCUUCCUCUUCUGAAGCGAGGCAUUGGUAUUCACCAUGGUGGAUUACUUCCUAUUUUGAAAGAAACUAUAGAGAUCCUCUUUUCUGAAGGACUGAUAAAGGCAUUAUUUGCCACAGAGACUUUUGCAAUGGGAAUUAACAUGCCAGCUAGAACCGUUUUAUUUACAAAUGCCCGUAAAUUUGAUGGGAAAGAUUUCCGUUGGAUUUCCUCUGGUGAGUACAUCCAGAUGUCUGGCCGUGCUGGAAGGAGAGGAAUGGAUGAUAGAGGAAUUGUGAUUCUUAUGGUAGAUGAAAAGAUGAGCCCAACAAUUGGAAAACAGCUACUUAAGGGCUCAGCUGAUCCUCUAAACAGUGCUUUCCACCUGACCUACAACAUGGUUUUGAACUUACUCCGUGUAGAAGAAAUUAAUCCUGAGUACAUGCUGGAAAAAUCGUUCUAUCAGUUUCAACAUUAUCGAGCAAUUCCAGGAGUAGUAGAGAAGGUAAAGAAGUCAGAAGAACAGUAUAAUAAAAUAGUAAUUCCCAAUGAAGAAAGUGUAAUUAUUUACUACAAGAUUAGACAGCAGCUUGCCAAACUUGGUAAAGAAAUUGAAGAAUAUAUCCAUAAACCAAAAUACUGCUUACCAUUUCUACAGCCAGGACGAUUGGUAAAGGUGAAAAAUGAAGGUGAUGACUUUGGUUGGGGAGUAGUAGUGAAUUUCUCAAAAAAGUCAAAUGUUAAGCCCAAUUCUGGUGAACUGGAUCCUUUGUAUGUUGUGGAAGUGCUCCUGCGCUGUAGCAAAGAGAGCUUAAAGAACUCUGCCACGGAGGCAGCCAGGCCAGCGAAGCCUGAUGAGAAAGGAGAGAUGCAGGUUGUCCCGGUUUUGGUGCAUCUUUUGUCUGCUAUAAGCAGUGUUAGGCUUUAUAUUCCAAAAGACCUUCGGCCUGUGGACAACAGACAGAGUGUUUUGAAGUCAAUACAGGAAGUUCAGAAGCGUUUUCCUGACGGCGUGCCCUUACUAGACCCUAUUGAUGAUAUGGGCAUUCAAGAUCAAGGGCUGAAAAAAGUUAUUCAGAAAGUUGAGGCUUUUGAGCAUCGCAUGUAUUCUCACCCACUUCACAAUGAUCCAAAUUUGGAAACUGUGUACACACUCUGCGAAAAAAAAGCACAGAUUGCUGUUGACAUCAAGUCUGCAAAGCGAGAGCUGAAGAAAGCGAGGACCGUCCUCCAGAUGGACGAGCUCAAAUGCCGCAAGCGCGUUUUGAGAAGGCUGGGCUUCGCCACCUCCUCGGACGUCAUAGAGAUGAAAGGGCGAGUAGCAUGUGAGAUAAGCAGUGCUGAUGAGCUCCUUCUCACUGAGAUGAUGUUUAAUGGCCUUUUCAAUGACCUUUCUGCAGAACAAGCAACGGCAUUAUUAAGCUGCUUUGUGUUUCAAGAGAAUUCUAGUGAGAUGCCCAAAUUAACAGAGCAGUUGGCGGGACCACUUCGUCAAAUGCAGGAAUGUGCUAAAAGAAUUGCAAAAGUCUCAGCAGAAGCAAAACUGGAAAUUGAUGAAGAAACUUACCUGAGCUCAUUCAAACCUCACUUAAUGGAUGUAGUGUAUACUUGGGCAACUGGAGCUACGUUUGCCCACAUCUGUAAGAUGACAGAUGUUUUUGAAGGCAGCAUAAUUCGUUGUGUGAGGCGUCUAGAAGAACUACUACGACAGAUGUGUCAGGCAGCAAAGGCCAUCGGAAACACCGAGCUGGAGAAUAAGUUUGCAGAAGGAAUCACGAAAAUUAAGAGGGAUAUUGUGUUUGCUGCCAGCCUGUAUUUAUAGACUGAAAAUUUAAAAUUAUUCAUCAUCUGGCUGAUUACAGUGGACUACAAAUGCUUAUAGCGUGUUCAAGGGGUUUUCUCAUCUUAAAGAGCUCUACACCAACACUUUAAUAUGUAUGAUAAUUAAAAACAUCAUCCUAAGGAAGCACAGACAUAUGUACAUAAGCAUAAUAUCUUUUAAUAAAAAAUAUACAGGUGGGGUA